UACCCUUUAUCGCUUAUUUCCACGAUUUAUAAUAAUAAUAAUUGCUAACACUCAUACAGUAUAGCGGUGAGGAUGUGUUUAGAACUACACCGAGGUCUGGCUCACUUGCAAAAGUAAUUUACCAUGAAGUGUUCGACUACGUUUUUUUAAUUCUGUAUGCUAAAACCGGCAGAGGUCACGGCUAGCCAGACGAAAAUGAGCCGCUCCAGGCACACCCUGUAAGUCUGGUUAACACUUUGAUACAUUUUUUUUAAUUUUCUGGGUGUUCAGCGAUCUCCGACAUCUGAUUUUUUUUUUGACACGUCGCACGACUCCGUACGCGGACGACGUGCCGAAGAUGAGGAAGCGACGGUCGCGAAUCUGUCGGCAGGGAACUGAGGAGAGACGCAGCCUCCCUGCCUGCUCCCUGGCCUGACGAGUGUGGUUCCUCUCUCUGCUUGCUCUCCUCCGCUGGCAUGACAAGCCCCCACCACCCCAAUAACACAAUUAUAAUUCUAACCGGAGACAAGGAGUGGCGGUCAGGGGGUCAGGGGCAUACCCAGAGUGUACCUGUCCCUACAGUAUGUCAGGACACUGGACACUCCUCCAGACCGACCAGCAGUGUGCCCCCUGGCGCCGGACAGGACAGCAGCUCUCACCCCUGCGGCCUGGCCCCCGACCCAGGGGUUCGUGACAUGGUGCCCCUCGGUUCUCAGACGGGGUCUGUGCAGUAUCCCAAGCUGGAGGGCUGGUCCCCGGACACCAACUCCUGGAACGAAAAACUCUACCCGGGUUUCAAGCAAGCGGACCUCCGGAGAGGAAGAGGGAGGUCCAUCGUUGCCCAUUUAACCAGCGACAGCCCAGCACUAGCAGGGUCCGGCAUCACAUUCACAACCACCCUCCAGUUCCCGAAGUGCCAGAAGGAGGAUGCUAACGGGGACCUGGUGUUCGACAGGCGCUGCAGAGACGCGAACGGCCUGGUUCGUGCCGGUGGCUACGUGUACAACUGGACCUCCUGGAUCGACGACUACGGCUUCGGGAACUGCACAGACCUGUCCAGGUGUAACCUGUUUCCCGACGGGAAGCCGUUCCCCCAGCGCUACGACUGGAGGAGGAGGAGUUUCGUUUACGUGUGGCACACCAUGGGUCAGUACUAUCAGACCUGUGGGGGCUCAGUGUCCAGCAUCACUCUGAACACCACCAACGUCACCCUCGGUGCAGGCAUGAUGGAGGUGCUGGUGUACCACAAGAGAGAGCGCAGGAAGUACAGUCCAGCCGCCACAGCAGACGGCAUCUAUUUUGUUACCGAUAAGAUUCCGCUCGUUGUGAACAUCUCCCAGAAGGUUGACCGUAACUCUUCUGACAACGUCUUCGUCAAGGGGUCGGACAUCGUCUUCACGGUGCAGCUGCACGACCCCAGCCACUACCUCAGGAAGAGCGCCGUCAGCUACACCUGGGACUUCAGCGAUGGCAACAGGCUCAUCACUCACAGCCCUGUUGCCACUCACGCCUACAGCGCGGCGGGGAACGUCACUGUGAAGCUCACCGUGAAAGCAGCCUUCCCCACGCCGUGCCCCCCUCCCACCCCCACGCCCCUGGGGCUGACGUCCACCACCCCCGACCCCACUACGGCAGAGGUCCCUACAACAAGUGCACUGACUACUGAGGCUCCAGCAACGACGAGCACAGAGACAACACCUUUUGUGACCUCCGUCACCCCGACUACAACGACUGUUGCUUCAACAACUACUGCUGAAGCUCCUACCAGCCCGGCAGAGUCGUCCAGCACUGCCGCCACCGAGGGGACAGCGACACCCGCCUUCAACAGCACCUCUGCGCAGACUGCGGCCCCCGCCGUGCCCUGGAGCGCCGGGCCUGCCCUGCAGCACGGCUCUCAGUGCCUGCGCUACGUGUACGGGAGCUUCGAAGUGGAACUGGUCAUCGUGGAUGGUGUUACAGCAGUUGAGAGCAUCCAGUCGCACGUGAUUGAGCAGCUGUCCCCUGCGCAGGUGGCCAACAUCACCGUGGAUUUUGUGGUGAAGUGUAUAGGCAGUAUUCCCACAAUCGCCUGCACGCUGAUCUCCGAUGGGACGUGUAGGACGUUGAAGGGUGUCGCCUGUGAGGACAUAGCUCCCUCCGAGAGCUGCCAGCUGACCCUCCAGCGCACCUUCAGCCUGGCCGGGACCUACUGCGUGAACGUCACCCUCGCCCAUCCCGCCAGCAUCGCUCAGGCCAGCACACACGUGACUGUUGGGAAAGUUUCAGAGUCCAGCUCUGCACAAGCCGCGGAGACGGUGCUGAUUGCUGGUACUGUCCUUGUGGUUCUGUUUAGUGCUGUGGCCUUUGUACUCUACAGGCAUUCCAGGGAGUAUAAACUUGUGAGCAAGCCUGGCCAGAGCAGGGCAGAGGGAAUCGUGGUCUCCUUUCGCCAGGUGAACAGCGCUUUGCUUCCAGGCAACGAGGAAAGGAACCCCCUGUUACAGGCCAAGCCAAACCCCUAAUGCUGGAGAAACCUGGAGUCUGUUCUUCUGAUUGCAGCCUAUUGUAUCACACUGGCUUCCUGAGACAUUUAUUUGAACCAUUUAAGUUGUAAAAGUCUUUACAAUUUGGAACUACAUGUGUAGUUUCUUGUUGUUGAAAGUUGUGUCCACCCAUAGUAUUAUUUUUCUCACCACAGUUGACUUGUCAGGUUUAGUUUGCCUAUUUGUUCAGACUUUUAGACUUUUAGUUGUUGAAAAGAUCUGUCUGGGGAUAACAGGACCCUUUAUUCACCUCUUCAAAAGAAAUCAGCAUCUCUGUCCCAGUGGACGCUUCUUAAAUAUAACUUAGAAAUCUGCUUUUAUUGGAAAGGAUUUUUGUUGAUUGUUUCAUCUUCUGUAGCUGCUUUGUUUUCUUGGGUUACUUUCAUUUUAUUGCAGAAUGUGCUUUUUAUGUAUUUAAAGCUCUUUCAGACAAUUGAUUUCUAAAGGUGCUGUAUAAAACUGUAUUCUAGUAGGCACAUGUAAUCCACAGGCAGUGCCCUUGGAAAUUUCAAAGCAUAUUUGUGGUGGAAGCAUCAGAUCUACUGAUGCAAAACAUGUGAGACUUGAUCAUGAAAUCUAGAUGAAUCACUACCAAGCAGACAUUCUUGACUGAUCUAGUGAUCUGGUGACAAUAUUACUAUUGCACUGAUCAUCAAACAAGUGCAUCUAAUUAUGUGUUAAAAGCUGUUCACCGAACAAACACUGGCACAAAGACUGACUUGGGUUGAUAACAGAGGAGACACUGUGUUGGCCCUCAGUAAAUUAUGCUUUUCAUCUGCAUCUGUUGUUUAUAUUAUUGUCAAAGACACGUGAACUCGGUAUCACUGUGAGUCCACGCUGCAUAUAAUACACAGAGAGCCAAACAUCUAUACGCCUCUGCAGUUUCAUGGAGCCUUGAUGUAAAUGUGUUCUGUGGUGUCUGCAGUGCAGGCAGAGCCAUGAGCCUGAUCUGGGCACAACCCUGGACACUGAGACUGACAUAAUCACUGUAAAAUGAUCAUUAGUGAUGAGUAUCGCUGUUUGUGAGCACCGUGUCUGGGUGCCACAUCUCGCCUGUCUGACUGUGACCCGUCCUGCUCCUUGUGUGUGGUGCCCCGUUCUCCUCUCUGCAGUCAGACUGUACCUUCCUGUGCUUGGAUUGCUGAUGCUUUUGUCUCUGUGCUAUUCGUGUUCCGUACAUUAACAUUCAACUCCUGAUUUGCUCACUGCUACAGCCCUACAGAUGCCUGCUGGCACCAUUAUAUAGAAAGAAAAUACUAUGAUGAGUGUUAUCUGUCACAUCAGUAUUUUUCAUCUUACUUUUAUUUGUUUUGGUUGCUGGUGCAAACAUAAAAUGGUUAGAUAAAGUACGUUACAAUAUAGUGCAUCCCAAUGGAAUAUAUAUAAAAUAUAUAUAGGGCAUGAAAAUAAACAUAUCAUGCUUUGCACAUAUGUUCUCAGAAAAAUAAAUGCAGAUUUUGCAGAUCUAAUUAAAUGUUUUUAUUUUUGUUAAUUGGGCGAUCUUGACUGACUGUGAUACACUUGAUAGACUUUGAUUGUUGCAUAACUUACUAAAUAAAAC